AUGAGGAAGUCAUUAGUAGUGGUGUUGGCUUUGAUGGUGGCAGCGUCGGCUCAUGACGUCCCAAUUACGGACGAAGACCUAAAAUCAGAGGAGAGCAUGUGGAGUCUGUACGAGAGGUGGAGCCACGUUUAUGGCGUCUCGUCGCGUGACCUUGCCGAGGAUAAGAAGAGUAGGUUCGAGGUGUUCAAGGCGAACGCGAGGCACAUCCACGAGUUCAACAAGAAGGAAGGCAUGAGCUACAAGCUCGGCCUCAACAAGUUCUCCGACAUGACGGUGGAGGAGUUCGCCGCUAAGUACACCGGUGUCCAGGUAGACGCUGGCGCCGCCGUCGUGACUUCCGCUCCUGACGAGCAGCCAGUACUGGUCGGCGACGCGCCACCGGUGUGGGAUUGGAGAGACCACGGAGCUGUCACUCCAGUCAAGGAUCAAGGAAGUUGCGGGAGUUGCUGGGCGUUCUCGGCGGUGGGGGCGGUGGAGGGGGUGAACGCGAUCGCGACAGGGAACCUGCUGAGGCUGUCGGAGCAGCAGUUGCUGGACUGCACCAACCCGAACGACGACUGCAUCAAUGGCGGGAGGGCAGAAAGAGCGAUGCAGUACGUGGUGAACAACGGGAUCGCCUUGGACGCGAGCUGUCCGGGGCCCUACUACCCGCCCUACGAAGCCGAGAAGUUGCCCUGCAGGACGGAGCCAGGCAGGCAGGCGGUCACAUUGGACUGCAUCAGGCAGUUGCCCCUCGACAACGAGGCCGCUCUCAAGGAGAGGGUCUACAUACAGCCCGUCUCUGUGGCCGUCGACGCCAAGAAUACUGGGUGGCAAUCCUAA